AUGAGGAAAAUCAUCGAGCGUUUGAUUCGGGAGGGAAAAUUGGACCAGUACAUUGCCAGACCACCACAAGCCCCAGCUCCGAAUGUAAAUCAGCAGAUUAAUAUGAUCAGCACCAUCAGUGGAGGUCCUACUCUUGAAGGUAUAUCCAACCGGUCAAGGAAGCAGUACGUUCGAGCCGCGCAAUACCCUCAGGUCUUCGGCAUAGAGGUCAACCGGCAUCAUAAAACACCAAGGGUUAGGUGGGAACCUAUCACGUUCAGCGAGGAAGAAGAAGAAGGGAUCCUCUAUCCCCAUGACGACCCAAUGACCAUUCGAGCAGAAAUCGCCGACUUCGACGUCAGACGGGUGCUGAUCGAUACAGGAAGUUCGGUAAACGUAAUUUUUGCCAACGCAUUCCGAGAAUUAGGAAUAGAUGAUGCCGACGCCCCUACUCAACUUCUCUGGGACUUGGUUCAACCCGUCGACAAGCGUUAG